GCGAGCGAGCGAUCGCUGAAGGGUAACCCGGGCUCGGGCGCUAGAGCCAAAGUGCAUCGCUUGGAAAUGGCCGGUGAGGUGUGCUGGUUCCGCGACUGGAAAGUACCCACUCUCAUUCUUGGGUUUUGCGCCAUGCUUAGCCGGGCUGAGCAGGACAACUUUAACGCAGAGUCCUGGCUUCAGUUAUAUGGAUACCUCCCUCAAGGUGGCUUGCGAAUGUCCACAAUGAGAUCAGCACAGACACUGUCCAACGCUAUCGCUAAAAUGCAGAGAUUCUAUGGAAUUGAAGUAACUGGGGAACUUGAUGAAAACACAAAAAUGUGGAUGAAGAAACCCCGUUGUGGAGUCCCUGACAACUUUGGCACAGAAAUCAAGACAAAUUUACGGCGUAAGCGGUAUGCCCUCACAGGGCAAAAGUGGAAUUCAAAACAUAUCACAUUCAGUAUCAAUAACUAUACACCCAAACUGGGAAAACAUAAGUCACUCCAGGCUAUCCGCCAGGCUUUUGCUGUCUGGCAGAAAGCUACACCGUUAACCUUUGAAGAGAUUUCUUAUUUCGAUAUUCGAUAUGGACGCAGGAAGAAUGCAGACAUCGUAGUCUUCUUUGCCUCAGGUUUCCAUGGUGACAGUUCCCCAUUUGAUGGGGAGGGUGGUUUCCUGGCUCACGCCUAUUUCCCUGGCAUUGGAAUGGGUGGUGAUACACAUUUUGAUUCAGAUGAGCCAUGGACACUGGGAAACACGAACCUUCAAGGGAAUGACCUGUUCCUUGUGGCGGUCCAUGAACUAGGCCAUUCUUUGGGCCUAGAACAUUCUAGCAAUCCAAAUGCCAUCAUGGCCCCUUUUUAUCAGUGGAUGGAUACAGAGAAGUUUGAGCUUCCAGAAGAUGAUCUAAGAGGAAUCCAACAAAUUUAUGGGCCACCAGAUAGCAACCCGAGCCCCACAAAUUCACUUCCAACUCUGACACCACGAAGACCGAAACAACCUGAGCGUGUGCCUCCCAAAACACCUGACAGAAAGCCAACACCGAGAGACCCUGAUCCAGGCAAUCCAGACUCCACAGAUGGAACCACACAAUAUGGUCCAAAUAUAUGUGAUGGCAACUUUGAUAGCAUAGCAAUGUUGCGAGGAGAGAUGUUUGUGUUUAAGGGACUUUGGUUUUGGAGAGUUCGAAAUAACCGAGUAUUGGACAACUACCCAAUGCCUAUUAACCAUUUCUGGAGAGGAUUACCAUCCAACAUUGAUGCAGCAUAUGAACGACAUGAUGGAAAAUUUGUGUUUUUUAAAGGUGACAAAUUUUGGCUGUUCCAUGAAGCAAUGUUGGAGCCAGGUUACCCCCGUUAUCUGAUGGACCUUGGUGCUGGAAUGCCUCGUGAUGGGAUUGAUGCAGCCAUUUGGUGGGAAAUUACUGGUCAGACAUACUUCUUCAAAGGAGACAGCUACUGGCGUUUCAGUGAGGAGAGACGAGCAGUAGAUAAUGGCUAUCCAAAAUCAAUAAGUAUUUGGAAAGGAAUUCCAUCAUCGCCAAAGGGAGCUUUUCUCACGGAUGAUGGAGCUUACACACAUUUUUACAAAGGUACCAAAUACUGGAAAUUUAACAACCAUCUGCUAAGAACAGAGCCUGGUUAUCCAAAAUCAAUCCUCCGUGACUGGAUGGGAUGCCGGGUGGAUGUUGAACCAGAUUUUACUGAGAAUGAGCCUAAUUUGGAUGCUGAUGAUGAUAAUAAUGUUGAUGAUGAUGAAGAAGAAGAUCGAACAAAGGAAGAUAAGGAGAAAGAGAGGGACGAAGAGGUGGACAUUCAUAUUAAUAUCCCUGUGGAUGACUAUACCAGAGCUAUGAAUAUAGUGAUUGUCAUAGUGCCACUUAUUCUGCUGCUCUGCAUUCUGGGAUUGAUCUAUGCCAUCCUCCAACUGCAGAAGAAGGGAACACCGAGACUCCUGCUGUACUAUAAACGUUCCAUGCAAGAAUGGGUUUGACAUUCAUACUGGUGCUUUUGCUAGGUGGCUCACCAAUGUGCACCACAGACAUUGAGUACAGUUGACACUGCUUCUCAGUUGUAUUUGUUUUGCUUUAAACGGCCCUGCUCAAUGGUGUUAAAUGAAGCAUUGGCCGUAGGAACCAUAAAGAACUUGGAGUAUUUUGACAUGGUCCCAAUGAAAUCGGGCUGAAAGAAUUUGUGAUGUGGUUUUAAGGUUUCAUACCCCUUUGCCUCCCUCCCCUUAACUAUGCUAAGUGGGAUGGUACAAAGUGAAGUCUGAAAUGAGGAAUGACUCCUUUUAAUGCUUCUGAAAGAGCUUUAUUGGCUAUAAAUGAUGAACUGCACCAUACAGAACACUUGAAAUUAUUGAUAUUGUUUGAGCACAUUAUUCAUCAAGGUUAAUUCAUGAAUAAUUUCUAACUACUACACUGACUUUAAUAUACUAAAAAUUUCUGCUCCCAAGUUGAGGAUUUUCUGAAUAUUGUCAAGGAUUAGCAUGUAGGUAGAGAAACCGGUGAUAGUUACAAGUGAUGAAAAAAAUUGGAGCAGCCACAAAAGUGUUUCUUUAUACCCUUAGAAUUAUUGCAUUUAGACAAAUUACUCCCAGAGAAUUUUAAUUAAAUUACCAUAUCAUUGGGAGAAAGUUACUAUUCCACAGUAUCACUGAGGGAUAAUUACCAUAAAUUAUUAUAAAUGUGAGAAGAUUUUCACUGGCUGUCCUAUAAUUGAGUUUGGUGAUUCUGUGAGAAGUCCUUAUCAGUUUUCUGAUUCUGUUGUGAUUUCUCCUAUUAAAAGAAAAAAAAAUUACACUUUACUAGAUUUUAGUAGAGGACCAAAGAAAUCUGUUUGUUGACUUUUGAUAUCUUGCUCAAAGCUUUACAUGUGUGCCUUUCCUAUUCAUUAGGUUAUUGCUCCUGUAAACCAUCACCAUAGUUUAACAAGAGUCCUGACUUAACCCCUCAGAAUCAAAGCUGAAGUUCUUUAACUGUCACCCAAUUUCACUCUUCAAGGAGGAGGCAGAUCCCAUUAGCUGCAUACUUGUCUCUCUCACCUUCUGACUGAUGGAUCUCUUUAAUUAAAGUAGAGAAAGGGUUUUUAUUGGUAAGAGUGGAAAAAGCAAUUGCCUUUAAUUGGUAAUUGUGGUAAAAUCAAUUGCCUUUGUGGAUAGUUUGGUUCUCAGAUGAAUAUUGUAGUUUGGUUCUUAGAUGACUAUUGUAGUAAAAAUGUCCUUGUCAGCACUGUAACAUCAUAGACCUGUGUCCAUACUGGAUGCAGAAGUGUACCUGACUGGCGAUAAUUAUUUACUGAAGUUUUUAAUGGGGAGCUAUCGAAAGUAAACUAAUAAUUUUAACCUUGAAUGGGCAUUGGACAUAUAUAAAAAUAGGAUGUAGCAGGAAUAGGGUUGUCACUUUCUGCUGUUAAGAACUUAAUCCUGGCAGAACUUGCAAUUGCAGUUUUAACAUACUUCAAAGAGAUUAUCAAAUCUGAAUGAAAUGCAGUAAAUAGCAAUUUUUGCCUUGUAGUUUUUUUAUAAAUUGUAGAAAAUUUCUAUAAUGUGUAGCUUCAUCAUCAUUAGUACACAAUCCUCACAAUCAUAUUAUGCAGAACCAUAAGAUUCAGGUUCCACCAACAACAUUGAAUUGUAUAUCUUCCCCUCCAAAGAAAAUUGGGUCUCUUUGCAACAGCUAAAUGAACAUCAAUACUGUACCUGGAAGACCCAAAACUUAUCACCUUUAUUUUGAAAAAUGUGAUGAAUUUUGGGUCUUCCAGGUAUUCCUCAGCUACACGCCAUCAUUAGCCUUUCCAAGUAAAUUUCAGAUUAAGUCAGGCUAUAUAACUAUGCUGUGUAUAGACCUACAGUAUUUUGAGCUUCCAAUUGAACAAGUUCUUCAACUUUAUACCGUUGCUAAGAUUUUCUUUGCAUCAGCAACAUCCCUACCUCUUUUGACCUCCCCUAAAAUCCUAAGCAUAAUUUUAUUAUCUUAAUCUUUAUUUUAUUACCUUGAUUACCUUACAUCAAGCCUAUCUCCUUCUAUCAUCUACAGAGUAUAACUCAUUCAGAACAGGGCCUACAUUCUUAGUCAGACAGAAAUUCUGAAUUCUCUGUACUGUAUCACAGCCUUUUUAAGCUCCAUGUGGAUUGCCAGCUCAAAGAAAACUGAUUUCACAAUUUUAACUCUUGGCUCAUCCCACAUUUCCCCUAAUCAUUAUCUCAUAGAAUGCAGCCUACUUCCCCGACAUUGAAUAUAGCUCAUUCUCUACUUUGUUACCAUGUUGUUUUCCAAUGAAACCUCUCAUUGGCCAUGUAAAUACCCACAAUAGUUGUUUAUAUUCAUUCAUAAUUUUUGUUUUCAAUAUAAGUGCCUCCGGGACAACUUCCUGUUUAUGAGUCAUGUAAAGGAAAAGGAAAUUUACAAUAAACAUUUUCAGAAAUCCUUUGACAAAAUAGGACACAACAAAUUGGUACAAAACUAACAAAAAUUCAAUGCAAAACCUGGAAACUUAAGAAUUUGGUUGAUGUUGGUGUUGGGUAAAGACCAGAUAAGAUAAAUAUUAGAAUCUAUUGUCCUUCAACUACAUUAGAACAUCUUAGUUCAAAUAUUAAAUGUUUUUUAAUCUUUAAAAAUAUGAUAUUGGUUAAUGCAAUUAUAAUCAUUAAAGCACCUAGGAAGCAAUUGAAGAGGUUGAUAAAAUCUGUGAUAAAAGCAAACUGCCAGAAAUGCUUUGCAAGUAAGUCAGCACCUAAAGAGCAGAGAACAUUUCAGAUUGCUGAUCUUUCAUCAGACCUCUUAGGUAAAAUGACAGUCAAUAUUGUGUGUAGAUAUUUAUGAAAGUUGCAGUUGGAUGAUAUACUCUGAAUGGUGUUGACAUACCCAAGAGUGCAGUUGGAAAGAGAGAUAAGCAACACACAUAAAAGUUGCUGGUGGA